CGGCGCGGGUCGCAGCUACCGCGGCGCGGGGCGUGGCUGCUCGGCAGCUCCGCCAAUGGGGCGCCGGUGGUGGCGGGGGCCUGUGGGCCGCCCACCGCCGCCCCAGUCACUGUCCGGCCGCCGCGGUGAUCACACCCGCCAUGACGCUCGACCCCCGGCCCCUCGUGCCCCUGUCGCCGCCGCCGCCGCCCACUUCCGCCGCCAUGACCGACCCCCGGCCGGGACCCCCGCCCGUGUCCCCACCACCCUCCAGGCCGCCGCCGCCCACCCUGCCCGUAUCGUCCCUGGCCGCUGCCUCGGCCCUCUCCAUGGUGCCGCGCUCGUCGGCCUUCACCGCCGUGUUCCCACCGCUGAGCCGCAGCGCUUUGCCGGACCUGACAGCGCUAAACCUGGCUGCACUAGAGUCCUAUCUAGCGCUGACGGGCCUCUCCCGCCUGGCAGGACCACGCCCCUCUAACUCAGCCGCCAGCAAUAGCAAGAAGUUUGACUUUUCUCGUCUCGCUGAGAGUGUCGCCGAAGGUGAGAAGCUUGCAGCGGGCAGCAGCAGUCCACCCGUUUCAUCCACCCCGGUUUCAGCGGCGGCGGCGGCAGCGGUGGCCAGUCUAACUCAGGUGGCACCGCUCGUGUCCUCCGUCAGAUCACUGCCGCUGUUAACAGAGACCUACCCACUGCUGCUCAAUCCUCUGUAUCAGUCCAUGCUGGCCCAACAACAACAGCAACAACAGCAGCAGCAACAGCAACAGCAGCAGCAGCCGCCCCCUCCCCACCCAUCUCUGGGAUUCAGACGGGCGGCGGGUGGCCGCGGCCGCACACCGAGACCCAAGAAGCAGUUCAUCUGCAAAUAUUGUAACAGACACUUCACCAAGAGCUACAACCUGCUCAUCCACGAGCGCACACAUACGGACGAGCGGCCCUACACCUGCGACAUCUGCGGCAAGGCCUUUCGUCGCCAGGACCACCUGCGAGACCACCGGUACAUCCACAGCAAGGAGAAGCCCUUCAAAUGUACUGAAUGCGGGAAGGGCUUCUGUCAGAGCCGCACUUUGGCCGUGCACCGCAUUCUGCACAUGGAGGAGUCGCCACAUAAGUGCUCCACCUGCGGCAGGAGUUUUAACCAGCGCAGCAACCUGAAGACACAUCUGCUCACCCACACGGACAUCAAGCCGUACACGUGUCCUCAGUGCGAUAAGGUGUUUCGGCGCAACUGUGACCUCCGCCGCCACGCCCUUACCCAUAAUCUCACCUCGCCCCUUGACCUCGACCUCAGCGCCCUUCCAUCCUCCUCCACCUCUUCCUCCUCCAACUCCUCCCUGCUAGGACUGGACCUCGCUGCCCCCGCCGCCGCCCUCCACCACCACCGCCUCCACCACCACCACCACUAUCCGCUCUCUCCGAACUCCGUCGCAGCUGGAGAAGAAGAAGAAGAAGAAAGAGAAAAAGACAUCCCCGAGUUGCAGGGAGUCCCCGGCCGCGCCUACAGCAGCGAUGAGGAGGAGGCAGCCAGAGUAGGGAAGCGAUCCAAGACCGAACGCGCGACGACUCAAGCUGAGGGUCGUCCUCCUAGCGGCGUCGAUUUCGAUGAUGAUGACGAGGACGACGACGACGAUGACUUCGGAAAGGACGACCUGCUAGUGGACGAUGAUGACGAUGACGACAGCAACCACUCCAGUCCACCCACGUUGCUCGGGAGAUUCCGCUCAGACCAGCAGAAGGAGCCAUUGAACCUCGGGGCGUCCACCUCCGCCUCUCUCGCCUCCUUCAGUAUAGCCUCCAUCAUGGGCGGGGCGGAUUAGUGCCUCGUAGGAUGUUUGCGUGAAGGAAGGAAGGAAGGAAGGAAGGAAGGAAGGAAGGAAGGAAGGAAGGAAGAAAAGAAAGCUAAAUGGAUGCAAAAGAGAUAAUUAUAGAAUCAAGUUACGGAAUCAGUGAAGCACCAGAGAGAGAGAGAGAGAGAGAGAGAGAGAGAGAGAGAGAGAGAGAGAGAGAGAGAGAGAGAUAGGGUACCGAGCGUGAGAAUACUAGCGAGAAAUCAAAGACGGGAAAAGAAAACGUAGUCAUGAACAGAGAGCAAAGAGCGAGAACAAACACCAAAGGACAAGGAGAGUUAGGAGACGCGAGAACGUUUCCCACGGUAGAAGUUGAGGAAGAGGAGGAGGAAGAGGAAGAGGAGGAGGAGGAUGGAGUUACCAGCUUAGGGAAAACAAUGGUGACGGUGAUGGUGAUGGUGGCUCAUGGCUCGUGGAGUCUUGGCGCGAUCAUCUAGUCAUGACAGCCCCGGAUUUUGUGGAAGGGAAGGGGGUCGACAAUGGCACCCCCUCCCCUUCACCCCCCCGCCUCUCCACCACCACGGGGAGUUGGGUUAAGUGUGUGGGCGUGGAGGGUGUUGGGUGUUGCAUAAAGGCUUCAGGUUGUACUGUAGAGUAUACUGUAGAUAAGCAUUAUUAUAGAUGUAUAGGGUGAUUGGUUGGUGUGUGUGUGUGUGUGUGUGUGUGUGUGUGUGUGUGUGUGUGUGUGUGUGUGUGUGUGUCUGUGUGUGUGUUUAUGUGUUUAUGUGUUACAGGAUCCUCCACUUAUUCAGGUGCAAACUGUCCUAAAAGCUGCAUGCAUGUGUGUGUGUGUGUGUGUGUGUGUGUGUGUGUGUGUGUGUGUGUGUGUGUGUGUGUGUGUGUGUGUGUGUGUGUGUGU